UCACACACGCACGCUAUCAUUGACACAAUAUUAACACCAGGUAGAAAAAAAAAGGGUUGCGUUUCUGGGUUUUGCAAUUUUCAUUCAGAAAUAGCCCUAAAAUCAACCUACCCCAAUCACCAUCAUCAAGCUCGAAGCUUUUCAAUCUAAGAUCAUUGAAUUUGUGAUUUCAAUCGGAAUCGUGUAUUUGGAUUUUGAUGGCAAAUCUGUACGUGAAAGCUGUGCCACCUGCGGAUCUGAACAGGAACACGGAAUGGUUUACGUAUCCUGGCGUUUGGACUACCUAUAUCCUCAUCCUCUUCUUCACGUGGAUCCUUGUGCUAUCUGUGUUUGGCUGCUCGCCGGGAAUCGCGUGGACGAUUGUUAAUCUCGCUCAUUUUCUUGUAACAUAUCACUUUUUCCACUGGAAAAAAGGAACUCCGUUUGCGGAUGAUCAGGGGAUCUACAACAGAUUGACAUGGUGGGAGCAGGUCGACAAUGGACAGCAGCUCACUCGUAACAGGAAGUUUUUGACAGUUGUUCCUUUGGUUCUGUACUUGAUAGCCUCACACACAACUGACUAUGAACAUCCAAUGCUGCUCUUCAACACGUUUGCCGUGAUCGUGCUAGUUGUUGCAAAGUUCCCUAACAUGCACAAGGUCAGGAUAUUCGGAAUCAACGCUGAUAAGUAAUAAAUGUGUCUCUGUAUCCAUGAAACUAUGGUUGUUAGUAGCUUAUGAGCCUUCUCUUGUUCUGGAAAAAAAGCUGCACCUUUGUAUAGAAAAGGCAGAACUGUGGGAAGGAUUACUCAUAAUCAUGUUUUGUUGUCAACUGUUUAAUUUUUUAUUUGUAAGCUUCUUUUUCUAAGGUAUUAUUUAACAAACAAAUAAAAUAUGUUGAGUUUAUUAUUUCUGUACAGUAGAGAAAUACGUGUACCAGAUAUUAUAAUGGUGCUUUAAAAUUAGUAGUGAAAGUACCUUUCUUUUAUUAAA